AUGAAAGUCUUUUCUGUUGGCCUCGCGGCCUUUUUGGCCGCGCUCUGCGCCUCUUGGGGUGUAGCUACAGCUGCGGUGACGAACAAAAAAGUGUCGGUCUCGGAGGUUUCUUUCGACAGCCACAUCGAAGACAUUCAGUGGUGCGGAGAAGACCACCGGACAGUUUUGUUGAAGACUCGAAACGGGCGAUUGUACAGGUCGAAGGACGGGGGCAAGACUUGGAUGGAGAUAUCGGAUUUGUUGAAGACGGAGGAGGGGGCCCCCGGGGGGGCCCCCGGGGGGGCCCCCGGGGGGCCCCCCGGGGCGGGGGGGGCCCCCGAGGGGGCCCCCGGGGCCCCCGCGAGCGGCGUCGCGCUCGUGGACAGCAUCAUGGUCUCGCCCGUGAACAAGAACAUCGUCGUGAUCGUGGGAACGAAGAGAAACCACUUCGUUUCGGAAGAUGCUGCUGUCAGUUUUCGGAGAAUUCGCUACACUUCGACAAUCCACAACUUCCACUUCCACCCCACCCGCGCGGGCUACGCGCUGGUCUCCACGUGGACGGACGCCUGCUACGCGAAGAGCGCGGACUCUGCGAAAAAAGAAGAAGAGUGCAACCACCAGCUCUACUACACGCCCGACCUGGGCCGCUCUUUCAAGCUUGUCAGUGAAUAUGUUGUUCAGUUUUCCUGGGGAGAUAAACAUAUUCAAGUGCAAGACAAUAUUUACUUCACGCAACACAGAGGCCGUUCUGGCGACCAGCCGCGGUACGGCGGAUGGUCGAAAAACGUGGACCUCAUGGUGACCAAGGACUUCGGCCGCACAGUCAGCCGGCUGGUCUACCGCGGCAACAAGUUUCUCUUGUCCAACGGAUACUUCUUUGUCGCAAAAGUCAAAGACGCAGUUAAACAAACUGUGACGCUUCUCGUUUCCACUGACGGGGGCGUCACCUUCUCGGCCGCCAAAUUGCCUAUUGAAAUCGAAGAGAAGAGCUACACAGUCCUGGACACUUCAGAGGGAGCCAUCAUGCUGCACGUCAACCACGGCGGGGAAGGGGGCCGGGACACGGGGAACGUGUACAUAUCGGACGCCAAGGGAGUCCGUUUUGCACUGUCUUUGCCAAACAACAUUCGCGCGGGAACUGGCGAAUGCGAAUUCGACAAAGUCUUGUCAAUGGAAGGGGUUUAUAUAGCGAACUUCAAAGACUCCGUGGAGGCCUCGGGGCUGCGGGGGCCCCCGGGGGCCCCGGGGGCUCCCGGGGGCCCCCUGGCUGCUGCGGAAGAAGAAAGGGUCAAGCAAGAGGAACUCGAGGCCGAGGGGCUGCAGGCGGAAGUGGAAAAAAAACAUGAAAGAGUGGCCAGCAAGGGGCGGAGAGAAGACGUGACGAGAACUGCAAUUUCUUUCGACAAAGGGGGGGUUUGGAGUUACUUGAAAGCCCCGAAAGUGGACAGCAGGGGCCAGAAAAUCGCCUGUCCUCCCGAGAACUGUUGGCUGCACUUGAACGGAAUAACAAAGUUCAACGAGUUUGCGCCUUUCUACAGUGUUGAAAACGCAAUUGGCAUUAUUAUGGGCACUGGCAACGUGGGCAGUUACCUCCGCAGCGAAAAAGACGAAGUCAACACUUACCUCAGCAGAGACGGAGGCCUCACUUGGAUCGAAGCCCACAAGGGCGCUUUCAUUUACGAAAUGGGCGACCACGGCGGGCUCCUCGUCAUGGCCGACGACACCAAAAAGACCAACCAGGCAGGCGCAAACACUUCUUGCAAUAAUGCCACUUUUUCCGAUGUGGUGUUCAGCUGGAACGAAGGCCAGAGCUGGUACGACUUCGAGUUGGGCUCAGCGCCGCUCUUCGUCGACAACAUUGUCAUCGAGCCCAACUCCUCCAGCGUGGAGUUUCUGCUCUACGGCAAACGCGAAAACGACAAUGCAGGAGUUCUGUUUCACCUGGAUUUCGCGGCUUUGAACCAACAAAGAUGUAAAGGCAUUUGGGCUGCGGACUCAGUCUCUAGUGACUAUGAGACUUGGAGCCCCUCAGAUGGAAGAUCGGGAGAAAAGUGCAUUUUGGGUAAACACGUCACAUACACCCGUCGCAAGCAAACCAGCGAGUGCUUCAACGGCCGCGACUUCGAGCGCCCCCGCAGCGUGCAGGUCUGUCCGUGCACCAUCGAAGACUACGAAUGUGAAUAUGGGUUCGAGAGAGCCGUGGGAUCUGUUUAUUGUUUGCCCACUGAUGUUGCUGCUGCGGCGGCCUCUACUGCAGCAGGCCUCAACCAGUAUGCCGACGAAGCAGAUGCAGCAGCUGCUGCUGCAUGCACUUCUUCAGCAUUUUUCUACACGGCAGCGUACAGAAAAGUCCCGGGAGACGUUUGUGAAGGCGGAUGGGUACCUGAGAAAGUGGCUGUUCCGUGUCCGCCCCAUUCUCCAGUCAGUCGUGGCGGGAAGCUCGUUUUGCUUUUGAUAUCUUUGAUUGUCUUGUUGAUGUGCAUAUUGAACUACCUUGCGAAGACGGGCCGUCUGAAGGCGUUCUUUAGAAACACGGGCUUUGAAACAUUCGCAAAUGUCUCGUAUGCCAUUGUCGGCAGUGGACCCUCUGGCUGGGGUGACGGGGAUGACGUUCAGAAGAAUCACCACAGUGGAGAGGAAAUGGGAGGCCGAGAUGAGACUGAAGACGACGCGCCCAACUUGGUGAAUUUUUCUCAAGGCAGCGGCCGCACAGCCUCUCGCCUGGGAGCAUCUCAGAGGCCGUCUGGUGCCGAUGACUUCGAACUGGGCGAUAACGCCUCUGCAGUUUCCAACAGAAACAGACCGAGUUCGCACCAAGGGGAAACAAGUGUCACCAUCCCUCGUUUGGCGCCAGCAGCGUACAACGAGGACAGCAUGGAGCUGCUGUGA